UUGAGUUAUUAAAAAUGGCGUCAAGUUGUGAUUGUAACCGAUGAAAAUUGCUGAAGACUGAUAACACUGAUAUCAAUAAGUCUGAUACAAUCAAUAAUAACGUGGGGUCCGGAGGCCACUCCAGCAGUGAUAAUAAAUCAAUAAUAAUGCAGUGAUAAGUCCUGAAGUGCGUGAUUGUGAUGAUGAGGUAGUUAAAUGCGUUUGUCACGCAACAUCCUGGUGAAAGUGACAGCCCUUGGGCUUUUGAUACUAGUCCUGUACUGUCUGCAGACAAAUGUCACCUGGACGAGCCACCUGGUGACUCACAAUGUUCCCUUGGAGGAUAACCAGUCCUCCAACCUGAGGAGAAUAAUCCCAGAGGCUUCAUGGGCAUCACCACAGCCCCUCAAGUCCCCGGAGACAGCUGACAGUUAUUACAACGUCUGGAGCAUCUUCACCAAAGUCACCACCAAUUCUCCUAUGAGAAGAAAAUUCAGGGUUUUCACCGAGUCCCUGAUGAGGCACUCAACUAUCAAUCUGACAUUUCACGUUAUUAGUGAUAAUCAGAGUCAGGUGAUUGCUGAUGCAGUUGUCAGGUUGAACUCGUUGAAACUGAAUAAAUCGAUAAACGUUGAGUAUUAUGAUGUUCACAAGCUGGCCCAGCAGUUGGGCGAUAUCGUCGAGGUGAUGUCCCCCAGGUUCAGCAGUAAACCAGGAACAUAUUACUCCGAUGCUCUGUUUUUUCUAUCCCUUGGGCUCCACAGGAUCGCCUCUCCCCAACAGAAAUUCGCUGUUAUGCUAGAUGUUGAUACAAAACUCAGGGAAGAUAUAAAAAUACUUUUCGAAGAGUUUGAUAAUUUUGGAGAGACUGCACUCUUUGGCCUCACCCCUGAACUCACUCCGGUUUAUCGGCACGUUCUCUAUAUGUACAGGAGUAAAAAUCCUGAGACUUUGUUCGGGGAGGCACAUUCCAAGGGGGGAUAUCCUGGAUUUAAUAGUGGAGUCGUUCUCUUUCAUUUGGAGAGGCUCAGGAACUCACUCGAGUACGAUCAAAUUGUCAGUGAGGACAUGGUGCAGCAUAUGACUGAGAAGUAUAGCUUUAAGGGCCAUCUGGGAGAUCAAGAUUUUUAUACUCUCCUGGGUAUGGAGCGUUCUGAAUUAAUCCAUCCUAUUGAUUGCGGAUGGAACCGACAGUUAUGCACGUGGUGGAGAGAUAGUGGAUACGCUGAUGUAUUUGAUAAAUAUUCGAGAUGCAACUCGACGACGAAACUCUGGCAUGGCAACUGCAACACGCCUAUCCCAGAGAUAUAACAAUCAAAGAAAACAAUUCUCUCCCUCCAACUGUGAUCUUCAACGGCAAUAAACGUUAUUUAAGAUUAGGAGUGAAAAUUCAUAAUUUAAUAUUUAGAAGAAUUGCAGUUGAUAAUUCUCCACUAAUUUAUUGUACAUGAAUUUUAAUAUUCACGUAGGUCUCACGUGAGUGCUAACUCGUUGCCAUUGAUAAGUUAAUACGGUGCUUCAAAAUCUCGAUAAAUUUCUACUGUUGAAACCUGUUUAAUAAAUAAAAUGAAAGACAAUUGAUUAUCGAAUAAUUUUAAUACACAUUGGGACAAAUAAAUACAUAAAUUUUAUACAUCGAUUGAUCCCUCCUCGAUAGAAAUACCAUCGAAAGCAUUAAAUUCCUCAAUGAACAUUGGUACUAACAAUGGCCUUAAAAUAAAUUUAUGUACAUUCCUCGAAUUGGCUCAAGGUGUGGGAUGUGAAAAAUCCCCUGGAUUGAUCGAAUUAACAAUCGAAAAUAUAAUGCCUGAACUCUAACAACACCACACUUGAGCAAUUCCUCAAUUCCAUUAACUCGAUAACAUCCAAUUAACUUCUCGAUUUCCAUAAUUUUACUACAUCUUUAGUUUUGUUUAUCACUCGACUGACCAGCAUUUUUACAAGGGACAACUUCACUUCUCAAAAAAAAA